GUAAACAUUUUCUUGCCUAAAUAUCAUUGUCAUUAAUCUUUACUAUGGCCUCUGGGACUGAAUCAGUUAUGUUCAAAGAAUUUUGCCCCUUAUACUAUCUCCUCAAUGCCAUUCCAACCAAGAUCCAAAAGGGCUUUCGCUCUAUUGUGGUUUAUCUCACAGCACUUGACACCAACGAGGACUAUAUUGCAGUGGGCAGUAGCAUUGGAAUGCUCUAUCUUUACUGCAGACAGUUAAAUCAGAUGAAAAAAUACAAUUUCGAGGGGAAAACUGAAUCUAUAACAGUUGUUAAACUCUUAAGCUGUUUUGAUGAUCUUGUGGCAGUUGGCACAGCCUCAGGGAGGGUUGCAGUCUUUCAACUUGUGUCUUCAUUGCCUGGUAGAAAUAAACAGCUUCGGAGAUUUGAUGUAGCUGGUAUUCAUAAAAAUAGCAUUACUGCUUUGGCUUGGAGUCCCAAUGGCAUGAAAUUAUUCUCUGGAGAUGAUAAAGGAAAAAUUGUCUUUUCUUCUUUGGAUCUUGACCAGGGAAUCUGCAACUCCAGCUUGGUUUUGGAAGAACCAUCUUCAAUUGUGCAACUAGAUUAUAGUCAGAAAGUUCUUCUGGUUUCCACCUUACAAAGAAGUCUUCUUUUUUACACUGAAGAGAAAUCAGUCAAGCAAGUUGGAACCCAACCAAGAAAAAACACAGGGAAAUUUGGAGCAUGUUUUAUACCCGGGUUGUGUAAGCAAAGUGACCUCACAUUAUAUGCUUCAAGGCCUGGACUACGAUUAUGGAAGUCUGAUGUCCAUGGAACAGUUCAGGCUACAUUUAUCUUAAAAGAUGUAUUUGCUGGAGGAGUAAAACCCUUUGAACUGUAUCCUCGACUUGAACCAGCUGACAAAGGAAGUUGUACCUUCUCAGAGAAACACCUAGGGCUUGUGUCAUGCUUCUUCCAGGAUGGCUGGGUACUGAGCUGGAAUGAAUACAGUAUCUACUUAUUAGAUACUAUAAAUCAGGCUACCAUUGCUGGUUUGGAAGGUUCAGGAGAUAUUGUAUCUGUAUCCUGUACAGAAAAUGAAAUAUUCCUCUUAAAGGGGGAUAGGAACAUUAUAAGAAUUUCGAGCCGACCUGAAGGACUAGGAUCAUUAGGUAGAGAUGGCAUAGAAACCUUUGGAUGUCCUGAGAAAAUCCACCUGCAAAGUUUGGAUAAGUUAGGGACCUUUAGUAAUGAAACCAGAAACAGAGGCUCUUCUAUUACCAGUGAAUCAAGAAGUCGGAGUAGUUCUGUGAACUCUAUAGACAGCAGUUCCAGUUUCCUGACAUCUGGAGACCAAGGAUCCUCUGAAAUAUUGAAAGAAGGCCAGCCUUCUCACAGGUUCAGUGUAAUUAGCUGUGAAGAUUUUGACCAAGAGCUGAUUGUGAAACCCAUUAAAGUGAAAAAGAAAAAGAAAAAGCAAGAAAGUGGGUCCAGGAAAACACCUAACUCCCUUGAAGGAACUCCAUGUUAUGAGCAUCAGUUUUCAGAUGAAAGUCCUCACUCAACAACUGCAGACCAAUGUUCCAUGACCUCGAGUUUUCUGGGCAGCAGUCUAGAUCAGAUGAGUACAAAUUCUCCUGAUCAGCAGAGCAUUUUCAGUGGGGAAUUGCAUGUUACUUUACAGGAGAAUAAUGACUCCGAAACCUUUAGUGUUCUUGAAGUGCCAGAAUCUACUCCAGACUUAUUAGAUGAAGAAAAUGAAAGUAAAAAUGAAAUGUUAAAAUGCAACUAUGAAAGUGGAAUGGGCACAGAUAAUUUAGUAUCUAAUAUCCAUGUACUACUGACUGAAAAUGCAGAAAUUGAUAAUGUACCAGAACUCAAACCCAGACAUUUUCUUGCAAAUGAUGAACAAAAUAGUCAAGAAUCUCCCAAUGAAGAACAAGAUGACUUUACUGAAUUACAAAAAGCAGAUGAAACAAGACAUGAACUAAUAAUUCAAGAUACUGAAAGCACUUCUGAAAAAAAUUUCACAGAUACACAAACAGUGCCUUUAAGUCCCAGUACCCUUCCAAGUUCCGAGAAGUUUCUGCCUGGGAAAAGAAAUGAUGAAAACUGGAUGGAGAUGCCGGGGACUCCAGAAUGUCUUUCCAUGAAUAAGGUCCCAGAAAACUUCAGUUCAGAUUCUUGCCAUGGUCCCAUAAAAGAUAAUGUUCUUGAUCAGCAGAAAAAAAUUAAAGUUUCUAAAUUUGACUUGAGGAAAUCUGGAGCAGAACCAACUCCUCAAGUGUCUGCUUCAGCAUCCAUUAAACAUCAGGUGAAGAUCGAACAGUCCCUACAAGAGCAAGUGUUAACAUCCAGUGAUGAAGAGGACAUUUAUGCUCGGGGGCUGCCUUAUUCAUCAUCUGAAGCUAGUGUAGCUGAACUUGGUGUUAGUCUUUCUCUCCAGGAUAUGACCAAGGCAAAUCUUGAGGAAACAAUAUUGUUAAAAUCAGAUCAGUUUGCAGAAAGCUGGAUGGGAUACUCUGGCCCUGGCUAUGGAAUCCUAAGCCUUGUUGUUUCAGAGAAGUAUGUCUGGUGCUUGGACUACAAAGGUGGACUGUAUUGUAGCGGUCUCCCAAGUGCUGGAAUACGAUGGCAGAAAUUUGAAGAUGCAGUCCAGCAGGUGGCAGUCUCUCCUUCAGGUGCACUUCUCUGGAAGAUUGAACAGAAAUCUAAUAAGGCAUUUGCCUGUGGGAAAGUAACUAUCAAAGGAAAGCGUCAUUGGUAUGAGGCACUUCCACAAGCUGUAUUUGUAGCUUUAAGUGAUGACACAGCUUGGAUUAUUAGGACCAAUGGAGAUUUGUACUUGCAAACAGGUUUGAGCGUGGAUCGUCCUUGUGCCAGAGCUGUAAAGAUUGACUGCCCAUAUCCUCUGUCUCAGAUCACAUCCCGAAACAAUGUGGUGUGGGCAUUAACUGAACAAAGGGCACUUCUGUUUCGAGAGGGAGUGAGCAGCUUUUGUCCCGAAGGGGAACAGUGGAAAUGUGACAUAAUAAGUGAAAAGCAAGCUUUGGAACCUGUGUGUAUAACUCUUGGAGAUCAACAAACCAUAUGGGCUUUGGACAUCCAUGGAAAUCUCUGGUUCAGAACUGGUGUUGUUUCCAAGAAACCUCAAGGAGAUGAUGACCAUUGGUGGCAAGUUAGCAUCACAGAUUAUGUGGUGUUUGACCAGUGCAGCUUGUUUCAGACAAUAAUUCAUGCCACACACACAGUAGCAACAGCUGCACAAGCUCCUGUGGAGAAAGUGGCAGACAAACUUCGAAUGGCAUUCUGGUCACAGCAGCUUCAGUGUCAGCCAAGCCUGCUUGGUGUCAACAAUAGUGGUGUUUGGAUCUCAUCAGGCAAGAAUGAAUUCCAUGUAGCAAAAGGAAGUCUAGUAGGGACGUACUGGAAUAAUGUUGUUCCACGAGGUACUGCUUCAGCAACAAAAUGGAUAUUUGUGUUGGCUUCUGCUGCACCUACUAAAGAAGGAAGCUUUUUGUGGCUGUGUCAGAGUGCCAAGGAUCUGUUUUGUGUGAGUGACCAGAAUCCACAGUUCCGUCCUUCUACAGUUCAGCUUCCUCCUGACACUGAAAUGAUAGCAUACUCUGCCUGCCAGGAUGCCAUAUGGGGCUUAGAUAGCUUUGGGCAAGUGUUUAUCAGAACAUUGUCCAAAAGCUGUCCAACAGGAAUGCAUUGGAUGAGGCUGGACCUUUCUCAGCUAGGUGCUAUAAAAUUAGUCAGUUUGUCAUGUGGAAACCAACACAUCUGGGCCUGUGAUUCCAGGGGUGGAGUUUAUUUCCGAGUAGGAACCCAGCCUCUAAAUCCCAGUUUGAUGCUUCCAGCAUGGAUAACAAUUGAGCCACCUGCCCAGCCUGUGGGAAUCAACUUAGUUAGUGUCCAUUCCAGUCCUAAUGACCAGAUGUUAUGGGCAAUUGACAACAAGUGGAAUGUCUAUGUCCGCCUUGGAAUCACUGAGGAGAUGCCUGUAGGAACCGACUGGGAACAUGUGCCAGGAUUGCAGGCCUCCCAUCUGGCUGUAAGUACAAGGACAGUUUGGGCACACUGUGCAAAUGGUGAUGUGGCCCGACGAUAUGGCAUCACUGACAAGAAUCCUGCAGGAGACUAUUGGAAGAAAAUUCCUGGGAAUAUGUCAUGUUUGACAGUGACUCCUUUAGAUGAACUAUGGGCUAUUGGCCCUUUAGGGUAUCUUCUCCAGCGUCUUACAAAGACCUUCAACCAUUCUCACAUCUUGCAGAAAACGGGCAACACUUCAGUCUUACUUCAUCCUGAUGACUUUGAAGAUGAAUGGGAAGUCAUCUGAAAGGACUCUUAUGAAGGACUUCUCGGGAAUUCCUUUAAUUGGCACAAUUGGUUUCAAUCAGUUCCCUUUUGUCACAUGCCCCAUUGACAUCUGACCGUCCAUCCCAAAUGAGUCCACAUGUUUCAGUAUUUCUUUGGGAGCCAACAACUGUGGCAAACUGAAAUUAAACUCUUAAUUGUAGC